UUGUUUAUUUUAAUUUUCAGGCUUGCUUUUAUAUUAUUUAUUUUGUUUUGUAAAGCACUUGUGCUUUUAUAUGAAAAGUGCUUCAUAAGUAAAGUUUGAUUUAAUUUGAUUUGCUAUCAGCACCUAAGCAGCAAAAGAACCCCCAAAUCCAAAGCAUUAGCUCCUGCAGCUCUCUGGACAUUUCUGCUUCUCUUUGGUGUUCAUGCUUGGCUUCAUGUCGGAGCUGCUGUGUAAUCCUGUGUUGUUGUUUUUCCAGAGAUGUGUUUUUGCUGUUUUCACACCAACAAAACAUAAAGUUUCUUAAAAUAACUCUUCUCUUAUUCAAAGUGAAGAUGUAAAAGGAUAUUUCAGGCUGUUUUUUGGGAUGUGAUUACAAGGAACUAGAAGGAAGCCAAUGAUCUCCUGCCUCUUAGACUGAACGGGGGACAUUGGAGUAAUAAGAAUUUGUUCUUGAUCCUCCGUGCAUCCAAUUUUCUUGAAAGAUUUGGUGUGAAAACUAUUGACUGACCCUCAUCUUUCUUUUGCAUUUUCAAGAGUCCUUCAGGUGAUCUCCUGACCUUUAAAUAACAAAGAAAAUGCAGUUUGUCUGUUUAUGUCUUGUGUACCUCAUUUGUUAAGAUGAAGACAAAUGAAACCGGACCAUAGUUAAAUAAUCUUGUUAAAAAUGACAGAUCAGGUCGUGUGACUGCAUUUCAUGGGGUGAGCAGCCUCAGGAGCCUUUGGCCAGGUUUCUAUCUUUGUGCUGGGUGUGUGCCGGCUGUCUCUGCUGAAUAAUGUAACAAGUGGUGUGUGGUGUGGGUGGCAGAGAGGGAUGGUCUCUCCUCAAAAUAGAUGUGGGUGUAAAAUGUGGAAGACUUUGGAGAGGAGAUGUUAGGAUGUGAAGCUGGCCGUGCGUGCAGCAGGAGUCUGCAGUCAUUUAUAUCAGCAGAAGGGAAGGAGGAUGGUGCAGAUGGAGGUGUGCAGAUGGAGACCAUCAUCUGCUUCUGCUAUCAGGAGGAGGAAUCAAUCUGGAUAUUUCCUGAUUUGUUUCUGGAUUUUUUUUUUUAUCUUUGGUGUGCGUGCGCAUGCAUUCACAGACCAUCUGAACACUUAUUCUGAAUGAAGUCCAACUGAAUCAAGCGGUGUGCUUCACAGAUGGACCAAGAAUCCUCUGAAUCCAGAGGUCCAUGUGCGUCCUAAGGAGGAGCUGAACUGUGACACGGUCUGAAAAGUCCUAUCCAUCCACGUUCACGCGCCUCCGUGCUCAGCAGCAUCACUCCACCCUCCCCGUGCGGCAGCGGCGGCUAUUUUUAGAAACAACGUUGCGGUGAAGGAGUCAGUCAGAGUGAAUCUGAAGCCCUGAGUUCACGGGAAUCCGUGCUGCGCGCGGGGAAUUCGUUUUUUUUGGCUGAUCUCCGUCUGCGCCUUCUCCUCAUGAGCCGAGGUGUUCCGUGUGUCCUCACCUGACCCCAGGUGAAGAUGCCCUUUGCGUUUGCGCUCCGCAUCACGGCAAACCGACGGACUGCAAACUUUUGCAGCAUGCCACCCGUCGCAUCUAGUGGCAGCAGUGGUGGCUCUGCUCUCGGGACCUGAAGCUCCGUUUCCGCGCACAAGUCUUCCUCUCUACCUGCAGGGCUGCGCGCUUUGGGGCGCGCGCGCGAGCCUCGCGGCGGGCGGGCGGAAGGACAGACAGACGGACUGGCAGCUCACUCCUUUCUUCACUCCGAUCCGGCGUCACACUCCUGCGGGCUCCUAUGGGAAUCAAACACUCGUCCCGCUGCAUGCUCCUCCGGAGAAAAAUGGCGGAGUCUGAGAGCGCUGAGCAACCACGGCCGCAGCCCAUCCGCAUAGUCCCUUCUCAGUCGGCGCAGCCCACCUCGCUGCCCAAGCCCGUGCCUUCUGUGCAGCACGCGCCUGCGCUCACCCGUCCACCGCACACUCCCCACGCCGCCGGCCUCCCCGGCUGCCCGGGGCGGGGCAAAAUGGCCAAGUUUCUCACCCCGGAGGAGAUGACGUCACGGGAUUACUACUUUGACUCUUACGCCCACUUCGGGAUCCACGAGGAAAUGCUGAAGGAUGAGGUGAGGACGCUGACCUACAGGAACUCCAUGUACCACAACAAGCACGUCUUUAAGGACAAAAUCGUGCUGGAUGUUGGAAGCGGGACGGGGAUUCUCUCCAUGUUUGCAGCCAAAGCCGGGGCGAAGCACGUCUACGGGAUCGAAUGCUCUAGCAUAUCAGAAUACUCGGAGAAGAUCAUCAAGUCCAACCAUCUUGACAGCGUUAUCACCAUUUUCAAAGGGAAGGUGGAGGAGGUGGAGCUGCCUGUGGAAAAGGUGGACAUCAUCAUAUCUGAGUGGAUGGGCUACUGUCUCUUCUAUGAAUCCAUGCUCAACACCGUCAUCUUUGCCAGGGACAAGUGGCUGCAGAAACCCGGCGGAUUGAUGUUUCCUGACCGAGCCUCGCUCUACGUGUUAGCCAUCGAGGACAGGCAGUUCAAGGACUUCAAAAUACACUGGUGGGAGAACGUGUACGGCUUUGACAUGACCUGCAUCCGUAAUGUCGCCAUGAAGGAGCCUCUGGUGGAUGUGGUGGACCCCAAACAGGUUGUGACAAACUCCUGCCUGGUCAAGGAGGUGGACAUCUACACGGUGAAGCCCGAGGACCUCACGUUCUCCUCCACGUUCUGCCUGCAAAUCCAGAGGAACGACUACAUCCAUGCUCUGGUCACCUACUUCAGCGUUGAGUUCACCAAGUGUCACAAGAAGACGGGCUUCUCCACAGCUCCAGACGCUGCAUACACCCACUGGAAGCAGACAGUUUUUUACCUGGAGGACUACUUAACGGUGCGAAGAGGAGAAGAGAUCAGCGGCAGCAUCUCUAUGAAGCCCAAUGAGAAAAACAUUCGUGACUUGGACUUCACUGUCGAGCUGGAUUUCAAAGGCCAGCUAUGCGAAGCAGCCAUAGCCCACGACUACAAGAUGCGUUAAUUUUGAGAGAGGAACCCUGCCGGGUGGGAGAGUGACCCGGCUGCAGAUCGGAUGAAGGUGGGCCCGUCAGUCCUGACCUUUAGAGGUCGCUCUCGUGUUGACUGUUACACAGCUCUGAAUGUAACUGACAGCUCAUGUCAGGAAUGUCUGAUCAUUGCGUUUCUGUGAGGUGAUGUUCCUGUGCUUUCCUCAGAAUCACUUGGACGGCUCCUCUUUUUCCAUGAUCCGUUUAAAAAUGUUUCGUGAUGUGAAGUACGUAGGAACGAUGAAAGGAUCGAUCAUUGUAGAACUUUCAAAAUGGUGGAAACAGUGUGACUGAACACCAGAGCCAAGGAUUACAUUCAUCGUUUGCAUCAUCAGUGUUUUAGUUUAGGUUGAGCCGUGGUCUGGAUCAGAGAAUUGGACUGAGCGAGUGUGACGUCACUUACUUCUGGCUCCAACCAACUGAAGUCAAAUCAGUCGCCAUUUUUUCAUGAUAAGGAUACCGCCAUGUUGGAGCCAGACGUCGUUAGUAAGCAGUGAUCAGUCUGAGUUAACGUUUCCUAAGCAACCACUCUAACCAAUCGGGGGGAGCUUGUUGAAAGGUUACACAAAAUCUGUCAAACGUUUUACACAUUGGAUGGGGGGGCCACCAGGCUCCACCUACUUAUAAGGCAUCUGGUUGGUUGGAUAGGACAGAAAAAAUAUUUUUUAUCAGAGCAAGAAUGGUUGUUCUGACCAAUAGAAUGAGUAAUAUCUCUGUUUCUGGAUUUUGCCUUCUGGUUCAGAUACUUCCCAUUUGGAACACCAAGGUGGAGGGGUGGAGCGGGUUACUCGGUCCAGUUCUCAUAUACAGUCGAUGGGUAGAACUAGAAGAAGUGCAGAUGUGAUGUCGACAUGUCUCCAACAUCCAUUGUUUCCAUCCUAAAUGCCUUGAACAAGUUCCUGUGUCCCUCAUCCUUUAUCAGAAAAUUAUAAUUUCCAAAACUGAA